AUGGCAGAGGGGCCGUAUGGGGUCUUUGCCGGAAGAGACGCAUCCCGGGGCCUUGCCACCUUCUGCCUGGAUAAGGAAGCCCUGAAGGACGAGUAUGACGACCUUUCUGACCUCACUCCCGCCCAGCAGGAGACCCUGAGUGACUGGGACUCUCAGUUCACUUUCAAGUAUCAUCACGUGGGCAAGCUGCUGAAGGAGGGGGAGGAGCCCACCGUGUACUCCGAUGAGGAAGAACCAAAAGAUGAGAGCACUCGGAAAAAUGAUUAGAGCGUCCAGUGGAAGCAUAUCUAUUUUUGUAUUUUGCAGAAUCAUUUGUAACAUUCCAGUCUGUCUUUAAAACAUGGUGAUUUCCAAUAUUUAGAAACGUUUCGAACUUGGCUGUAAGUUUUUGUAAUUAACAUCACUAGUGACACUGAUCCACAAUUAACUCCCGUCUCCCAGGUGCAUGAUGCGUUUGUGUGUCGCAAAUCCGGACCGUGAACUGCAGGGCCGUAAUACAGACGUUAUUACCGUUCCCUUCUCUCUGUAGUCAGUACGGGCCGACUUUCAGUUUGUUUUUCCUGAAAGAGACAGGCAAGACUUGGGUAUUCCCUCCCUGCCCAAGCAGGCAAAGGUGUUAAGUGUGCAGAGCCCUUCCAGCAACCGAGAACAAAGGAUGAACUUGCAGUCCCGACGUUCUCAAGACAGCAAAUCCCUCAUUUCUCAAUUGACUUAGCUGCACGAUUUCUGUUUUAUCUACCUCUAAAGCAAAUCGGCAGUAUUCCAAAGCCUCUGGUAUUGAUUAAAGAAAGCUGUCCAUUAAAAAAAAAUUUUUGUUUUGAAAUCUCAAAGCUGGGCUCAGUUGGGAAAAAUACAUUCGCUGUGUUUCUAGACCGCCUUACGAUUUUUUUUUUUUUUUUUUUUUUUUUUUUUUUUUUGGUCCUCUGGACACUCAGAUGCCCCCGCUAACACAGCGGUACACAGUGAGGCUUGAAAUAGGAUCUGAACAUUCGAAGGGAAGCCUUGGAAGAAAUCAGCCGGCUUGCCUGAAAAGCUAACUCUACGAAGAAAACGUAGGGACCCUCUUCCCCAUCCCCACGUUCACGGUGGGACGAUGGUUAUCCGACCCGGUUUGCCGCGGGGGGGGGGGGGGGCGUGCCGAACAGAACACGCGUUUGCUCUCCCGGCAGCCCUCGCGCCCACCUCUGGGGAACAAAGAGAGUACAGGUCGCCGUAGCCACACGGCUCUCAAAAUCCAUUCGUUAAGGUAACCGUCAUUCUUCUCUCCCGACAAAAGUAGCCGCCACAAGAGGAGUCGGGCCGGGUGUCUAGGUCUCUGAUAACUGGGUCUUUUCGGUUAACAAUAAACUUAGCUUAAGUAGACUGUACAGUCGUAUGAAUUCGUAAAAGUAUAUGAACUAGUGAGGUCUCCAACCCUUGUAACUGUAGUUGAAUAGUCCUUGUAUUUUCUUGUGAACCGUGUUUAAUGGUUUUACCUCAGAUCAGAAAACAAAAUGAAGUGCUUUGGUCAGUUAAUAAAAACGGUCUUACCCAGUA